AUGGCCACCGCGGCAUCACCCACGCUGGCCACCCUGGCCCAGCUGGGGAAUUGGAGCAAGAACCCUCCAGACCCCCCCAACAACCUGACCUGCAGCAUCCACGAGUACUCAGGGCAGCUGGCGUGCACGUGGGACGCGGGGCGGCCCACCCACCUGCACACCCACUACACCCUCCACCUGCGCAGCGUGGUGCAGGCUGCUGAGGAGGAAGAUGCUGAGGAGGAGGAGGAGGUUUUCCCCGCGGGCUCACCAGUGCCGCUGAGCACCCUGGGCAGCGGGACCCGCUACUUGGCGUGGGUGCAGGCCAGCAACACGCUGGGUGCUGCCCGCUCAGCCCCUCGGCUCCUCAACCUGCAGGAGCUUGUGGUGCCCGCUCUGCCCCUGGUCACCGGCGCCGAGACGAUGGACACACCAUCAUCUCCCACCACCAUCAUCCACUGGAGGUGGCGGACGCUGCUGGAGAACGUGCGCUGCGAGGAGCGACACAAAGCCAUGGGCACCCCGGAAUGGCAUGUGGCGGCGUGGGACGACGCGGUGCAGCACGGGCCCCGGUCCCAGCACGACCUGCAGAGUAACACCCAGUACGUGUUUCAGGUGAGGUGCCGGCUCAGCCCCGCCGACAGCCCCUGGAGCGCCUGGAGCCCCCCCUUUCUCUACACCACCCCUGAGGCAGGUAAGCCGAGGCCCAUCACCUCCUUGGGAUGCUCCGGGGGUCCCAGGCCCAAGCUCCGGGACGCUCAGGAUGACCAGUGACACCCGUCACCGUCCCCACGGCGCAGCCGAGGGCUGAGCACCCUCACUAGCGGCAGCUCGCCUCACGCCCUCCGAGGCCCCCGGCUCUGCAGCGGGUUGCAGGUUUUGGU